UCCUUCCCAUGAUCACACCAGCCAUCUGAACCAAGCCAAGACCUUCAGCACAGCUCUUCACAACUCACUUUCAAGACAACCACCACAACUACCCAUCAUGGACACCAUCAAGAACGCCGGCAACUACGUCUCCGACAAGCUCCAGAGCACCACCCACGGUGCUUCCAAGGAGGCCAACAAGGACGUCGCCAAGGACGAAAACGCUGGCAUCGGCACUCGCCUCCAGGCUGCCGGUGACGCCAUCUCGGACAAGACCAAGGAGAAGAAGCACGACGCUUCGGCCGAGGCCAACAAGCAGGCCACCACCCACUAACCUGGAAGCAAUGGCUCUGACAAUUCUCUUUCCGCUUGCCGCCCGGCGUGACGACGAGAAACCUUCACAUUUCGAGUUGAUCAUGAUGGACUGGCUUUUGGAGAGGCGUCGCUGAGGAGGAUGGGUCUCAGGGGUUUGCCUGGUUAUCUCUCUGGGAUGUUCGGUUUCUGGGAGAGGAUGGAUCGCAUCACAUCACAAUACCCACUGGCUCCGAAGUAGUUAAACAAUACGCAUCCGUUGCCCGAGAGAUUGUUCCCGACUAUUGGUGACGGCGUGUGUGAAUGUAGUCGUCUCGAGGCGUUGGCAUGGAAGUGCGGUCCAGGAAGCUCUCCACAACGCGAAAAUGAACGUG